UUAGCAUGACAAUAUAAAGUGCACCAUUUCAUUGUGUUUUCUUUGAUCAAAAGAAUCUUCCACGAAGGUUCCUAGAUGGUAACCAAAUUCAUGCUUUAUAAUAAGAACCAUCUUUGAUUAUGAAAUUCACUGCAAAGUAGAAAGUUGAGGUGAAUGCACAUGCUAGCUUCAUUGAAAGAACAAGAGUGGAAAAUGGAGAUUGAAGAAAUUUGUGAAACACAAGCACUUCCAUUGCUUUCAUUGAAUCAUGUGUCUCUCUUGUGCAGCUCAGUGUUGGAUUCCAUGAAAUUUUAUGAAGAGGUUUUGGGCUUUGUUCCUAUCAAACGACCAUCUUCUUUCAAAUUCAAUGGAGCCUGGUUUUAUAAUUAUGGUAUUGGAAUACAUUUGAUUCAGAAUCCAGAAAUAGAUGAAUUUGAUACCUACAUAAAUGAAUCCAGGCCUAUUAAUCCCAAGGAUAAUCAUAUCUCAUUUCAGUGUACGGACGUUGAACUUGUUAAGAAGAGAUUAGAAGAAAAGGGUAUGAAGUAUGUUACAGCUGUUGUAGAUGAAGGAGGAAUCCAAGUGGAUCAAGUGUUUUUUCAUGACCCUGAUGGCUACAUGAUUGAACUUUGCAAUUGUGAAAAUAUUCCAAUAAUUCCUGUUUCUUCAUGCUCUUUUAAGCCAAGAAGCCAUAGCUUUAAAAGGGCUUCUUCCAAGUGUGGAUUCAUGGAGAAUGUUAUGAUGGAAAGCUUGAGCAUGGACAUGAUGAACUUCUCCUUUUAAAAUUGUCUUUCACUUUUAAUAAAAUGGUAAAAGUGAAGAAUAUUAAUUAUACUUUUUUUUUGUUAUAAGAUAAAAAAGGUUUGUUCAUCAAAACAGAACAAAAAAUAUAUGGCAAGUUGUUAUUGAUAUAUGUUUGGGUAUAUUAAAAAAGUUGUUAGUUAUGGAUAAAUUGUAAGGGUAGAAUGGUCCAAAGAUAAACUGUAUUGUAUUUGUAUGUGGUGUUUAAAAUAAAAUAUGAGCACUCUUAUUUGAAUAUCA